UUUGGAACCAGUCCCUCUAGCUGCUUUUAGCAACGCGGGUGUAUUUACAUACACUCACGUUGAGCCCAAUUGUAUUGGGCUGCACAAAAACAGUCCGCAGGAAGCCAGUUAAAUAAAAUUCCAUUUCGACUUACUGUGCCGGUCGGUUGGUCAUUAUGACGGGGUAAUAUAAGUAAAUAAAAGUUCUGCACAUGCGCCAUGUGGACAAAAAAUGAAUAACUUGUGGGGGACUUUUAUUUUGACAUGAGGUAAGCAGAGAAGAAGUGGGUCUACAACAGACCCACGUUUGGAAGUAGAUGCAUAGGUAGGGAUCUCUUGCUUUCACCAGUCCAGCUUUUCCGAUGGUGAUGACUCAUGAAGUAAAGAAGAUGAUGAGAGGAAAGUGCUAGUAUUGCAUCGUUAAUCUAUUUGUUUAUUUACUAGUUUGUUAAUCCCAGACCUUGGAUGUUGGGACUUGAAUUUGCACAUGGAUUGGGACUAUAACCCUGUGUUUUGUCCUAGACCCAGUAGAGUUCUUCAGACAGCGGAUCCAUGGCAGCUGUGGGGACAUGGGGUUUCUCUCAGCCUUCCGUGGAGAGAAUACGGUCCCUGAUUACCGCUGGAAGACACGCCACAGAUGCUGUAGAGGAGGCCAUGGCAGAGGUUGAAGAUGACCCAGAGACUGGGCUUCACAUUGUGGGGAGGGGAGGAUUCCCUAACAGUGGGGGAGUGGUGGAGUGUGAUGCUGCCAUCAUGGAGGGCAUCACUGGCAGGUUCGGGGCAGUCGCAGCACUACGAGGGGUUGGGGCUCCGGUGCGGGUGGCUCGUAGGGUGAUGGACAGAAGCCCCCACAGUCUGCUGGUUGGGGAGGGAGCAGCAGCUUUCGCCAGGGAGCAGGGCUUUACUAUAGAGCCCAACGACAACAUGUUGAGUGCACACUCAGCCAAGGCUUACCAGGAAUUUCUGGAACAGAAGCAAAGUGUUAGUGGACAUGACACACUUGGACUUAUAGCAUUAGACAACAUGGGGAACAUAACUGUUGGAGUUUCUACUUCAGGGGCUCCCUUCAAAUCACCAGGGAGGGUGGGAGACUCGCCCCUACCGGGCUGUGGCCUAUAUGCUGAACACAUGGUGGGAGCCGCGGCAGCCACAGGUGAUGGUGAUAAAAUAAUGUGCCAUUGCCCAAGCUUCCACGCUGUUCAACUGAUGAAACAGGGGUCAUCACCCAACAGGGCCUGUUACACUGUCCUGGAUGACAUCAUCAGGAGGACUGCCCCAGACAGGUGCUUUGAGAUUGGACUCAUCGCCCUGAACGUGAAGGGUAAAGUAGGGGCUGCCUCUUCAGUGGAGUUUCCCUACACAUUCUGGAACCAGGGGAAGGACUAUGUGGAAACAAGUACUCAGCUUCCAAAUUCCACAGUAACGGAAGGCACAGAAGAAUGUGACACACAUGUACAGUGAAAUAAAGGGUGUGUCAUUGUUAUCGGUGAUGUCUUGAAUUGUAUUGAUAGUAAUGGAUAAUAAAACUAUUGGAUGAUUA